UCCAAGGGCCAAUCAGCGUCUUUUCAAAAAAUGACGCGAGAAACGUCUUGGAACUGUAACCUGAAACAUUCUCAGGUUAACUAGCUCCCUGGCCGACAUCGCACACAUUCCUGAAGUCCAAUUGAACGUUAACAGAUAUGCAGGAGUCUGGUGGCACGUAUGACAAACAGGAGACAGACUCACACUCUUCAUGGGCUGAUCAUCACCAUCAAUCAAUGGAAGUGGACAAUGUUGAGUGUCUCAGAAGGAAAAUCAAAUAUUACUUCAUGAACCCUUGUGAAAAGUACCACGCUCGUGGACGGAAACCAUGGAAACUUAUUCUGCAGAUCAUUAAAAUUGCCAUCAUCACGAGCCAGUUGGUGUCAUUCGGGCUGAGCAACCAGAUGGUUGUAACUUUUAAGGAAGAAAACCUGAUGACUUUUCAGCACCUCUUCUUGAAGGAUUAUGUUGAUGGGAGUAUUGAUACAUAUGCUGUUUACAGACAAGAUGAUGUUUAUGAUCACAUAAGAUAUGUAAUUGAACAGUAUGGACGUCUGCACAACACCACCGUAGGAAACCAUGAAUAUGAAAAAACUGGCUCUGUCUAUACACCGCUGUCACUGUGUCAGGAGUUCUAUAGGAAUGGCACCAUAUACCCUGGCAACGACACUUUUGAAAUCGAUGCUUAUGUGGAAACUGACUGCAUUUACAUCUAUCCACCAAAUGGAUCAUCAUCACAAGACCUGAUCCCGCAUUUCGAGUUGCACUUUAAAAGAAUGCUCUCCAUCAAGAUCUCAUUCAUUCUGAAAGCCAUCAAUUUACAGACAGUCAGGCACAGAGAGCUGCCAGACUGCUAUGACUUCAACAUCCUUAUCACUUUCAACAAUGAAGUGCACAGUGGCAGGAUAAAGGUGGACCUCGAAAAUGAAGUGGAGAUCAAUGAAUGCAGGGACUGGAAAGUAACCGGAGCUUCUGCUAAAAGCAUUUACCUGACCCUGCUGUUCGACUGCCUCAUCAUCGUAACAUGCAUGACUUCCUUCACUCUCUGCCUACGCUCUGUGUUCAGUGGGAUACAACUACAGUUUGAGUACACACGAUACUGCAAGAACCAGAGUGGUAAAGACAUCACCUGGUCUGACAGGCUUGAGUUUAUUAAUGGCUGGUACAUCCUGAUCAUUGCCAGUGACUUGUUCACUAUCACUGGGUCCAUUCUCAAGAUUGAUAUUCAGACUAAGGUCCUUACUAGCUACGACGUGUGCAGCAUCUUCCUUGGUAUAGGCACCAUGUUUGUUUGGAUUGGAGUCAUCCGCUACAUGGGCUACUUUCGCAAGUACAAUAUCCUCAUCCUGACUCUGAGGGCAGCUUUUCCAAAUGUCAUCCGUUUCAUCUGCUGUGCUGGAAUAAUCUACCUGAGUUACUGCUUUUGUGGCUGGAUCGUCCUUGGCCCAUAUCACGAGAAGUUCCGGACCUUGAAUACAGUAUCUGAGUGUCUGUUUUCCCUCAUCAAUGGAGACGAUAUGUUUCCCACCUUUAAAAACAUGACACAGAAGAGCACCCUGAUUUGGAUUUUCAGCAGGGUCUACCUCUAUACCUUUGUUUCACUUUUUAUCUACAUGAUCCUCAGUCUAUUCAUCACUAUCAUCACAGACACCUAUGACACCAUCAAGCAACGGCAGCAGAGUGGGAUACCUGCAUCCGAACUCCAGCGAUUCCUAGCAGAGUGUAAAGACCUCCCAAAUUCUGGAGUUUACAGACUUGACAAGAAUAGUUGUUUUUUGCAAGGCUGCAUAAACAAGUGCAGAGAGCGAAACGAGAGGUUGACUUCAGAUGCCUAGGGCAUCCACGUUAUUGAAACUUGUGCAGAAUGUCACCGUUUGUAAAACGGUAAAAAAUUGGGAGAGAAGAAAAAUCUACAAAGCAUAAAACCAACUGUUAAGCUUGCAUGACAAAUGGAAGUGGGCUUUCUCUUGAACAUGAGAAAAAUAAGAUAUGCUGUACAGCAAACUUUUGUUUAAA